GAUAGGUUAUUUGCGCUUUAGGGAAUUUUAUCUACCAUAUGUACGUAUGUUUUGUUUUGCAAGCCCCCAAAGGCCGUGAGAAAAAUACAAGUAGGUGUUUUUUAACAUAUCUGACCAAUAUAAACAAUGUCAGGAGUCGAAACACUUGUGGAAAUGGGUUUCUUACGAAACAGAGCGGAAAAGGCUUGGUUAAAAAUGGGAGAUCGUGGAGUUCAAGCAGCAAUGGAGUGGUUGUUGGAGCAUAAUGAAGAUCCUGACAUCGAUGAACCGUAUCAACCUCCUCAGGGCCGCACUCUUACAUCAGAAAACGAGUCAAGUACUUCCUUGGACACACAGCCCUCAAGUCAAGGAGAUGUUGCUGAAGCUAAACCAGUUUUAACAGAAGAAGAAAGGGAGGAAAGAUUGAAACAAAUUCAAGAGAAAAUAAAGCAGCGUAGGCAGGAGUCUGAAGCUGAAGAGAAGAAACGACAAAUUGAAGCUGAAAUUCAGCGUCGGAAAAGUGGUCAAGAUAUCAGCAAAAUUAAAGCAGACAUACAAUGGAAAGAAGCACAAAAACAAGCCGAAGCAAGAAAAAGAGAGAAAAGAGAAGACAUGAUUGCACGACAGCGAGUAAAGGAGCAAAUUGCGAUGGAUCGUGCUGAAAAGCUAGCUCGAGAAGAAAAGGAGAAACAGGAAAGAAUGCAAGCAUCACCUGGUGUGUCUGCAUCAAAUACAGCCACUGCUGCUACUUCUGUAACUUCUAUCAAAAAGGAACACACUCACGCAAGGUUACAGAUACGUCUACCUAAUGGAGGUACUCUUGUGGAAAAAUUCUCGGCAAAAGAACAAUUGUCUGCUGUAAAGUUAUACAUUGAAUUAAACCGGAAAGAUGGGGAUGUUACUCCUUUCAUGUUAAUAACAGCAUUCCCAAAGAAACGUUUUACUGAGGAAGAAAUGAACAUGUCCCUUGAAAGUCUUGAUUUGGCGCCAUCAGCUGUGUUAACUGUGGUUAAUAAAGUUCAAUAAUAAACUUUAUCACAUUUUGUACAAAGUUCAGCUACACAUAUGUUACUUCAAUAUAUAAUAAGGAGAUUUUCUUUUUAAUUGAAAAAGCUAUGUUACUUGUGAAUUAAACUACAGAAUAUAAGAGAUUUUUUUUAAUAUUAGACAGUACUAAACUUACUAUAAAUGUGUUUCGAAAAAUUUAUUAAACUUAAUUGGAUGUUUACAAGUA